AUGUACGGCGAUGUGCGCGAUCUGGGUGCGACCAAUGCGAUUCUGAUCAUCGUGCAGCUUUUCUUCGCCGGCAUCAUCAUCAUCUGCCUCGACGAGCUCCUGCAGAAGGGAUACGGCCUUGGAUCUGGAAUUUCUCUCUUCAUCGCUACGAACAUCUGUGAAAGCAUCAUCUGGAAGGCAUUCAGCCCUACGACCAUCAACGCUGGCCGUGGCGCCGAGUUCGAGGGAGCCGUGAUCGCUCUCUUCCACCUGCUCAUCACCCGGACCGACAAAGUCCGCGCGCUCAAGGAGGCCUUCUACCGGCAGAACCUGCCAAACGUCACCAACCUCCUAGCCACCGUGCUCGUCUUCCUCAUCGUGAUCUACUUCCAGGGCUUCCGCGUUGUGCUCCCUGUUCGUUCUAAGAGCGCUAGGGGACAGCAGGGCUCGUACCCCAUCAAGCUCUUUUACACCUCGAACAUGCCCAUUAUUCUGCAGUCGGCUCUCGUCUCCAACCUUUAUUUUAUCUCGCAGCUGCUUUAUCGGAGGUAUGGCGGUUUCAUCCUGGUGCGCCUUCUUGGUGUGUGGGCUGAAUCGGAAUAUUCAAGUUCGGGCCAGCUCAUUCCUGUCGGCGGACUUGUCUAUUACAUGACCCCUCCAGCGAGCUUGGCGGACAUUGCGGUGCAUCCCUUCCACGCGCUCUUCUACAUUACAUUCAUGCUCUCGGCCUGUGCGCUCUUCUCCAAGACGUGGAUCGAGGUCUCAGGGUCGUCUGCGCGCGACGUGGCGAAGCAACUCAAGGAGCAACAAAUGGUGAUGCCUGGUCAUCGUGAAUCCAACCUGCAGAAGGAGCUCAACCGUUACAUCCCCACAGCCGCUGCUUUUGGUGGGAUGUGCAUCGGUGCACUGACUGUUGUUGCGGACUUCAUGGGUGCCAUUGGCUCUGGCACGGGAAUUCUCCUCGCUGUGACAUACCCCAACAUGCUCUCCUUCUUUGAGGAAUUUAAGGUCGUAAUCGAUCCACCCGACAUGUCCUUCUUGGUGUCAGUUCCCUCCCCACCUCCCUCUCCUCCCCCCCCUCCCCCACCCGCUCUACCAG